UCCAUUAUCCAUUUCAAAGCACUAGAUACGCCGUCUCUCAUCUCCAUCUCUCUACUCGCUUCACCUCGCUCGACGACGGGGAAGCGCUCCGAUCCUCUCGCGCGAUCGACCGCCGCCGCCGCCGCCGCCGCCGCGUUGAUGCUUCUUCGCUUGGCCCGCGAUGAGCGAUUUCCAUGCCGACUGAGCGGGCUUUCCGGGGCUUCCGGCUUCGCUUCCCGGGCUGCUCUGAAAGAUGUUGGCUCCGGAUAAGAUAAAUGAGCACUUCGGUUGUUGCGCCUCGCGGCCUCGUGUUCUUCGACGCCGGCGGCGUCCGUGUUAGCCGCCCCUCGCGCUCCGCGAAGUUCUCCGUCAAGCUAUGCGGGGGGAGGGCGCGAUUCGACGCCCUGAUCCCCAAUUCGAAGGGGAAGGGCCGCCACGGGAGGCGGACGAACUGGUGGAAGAGGUUCUUCCUCGAGGACGACGGGAAUUGGCUGGGGCUGAAGGACGAGGACAUGGUCGAGGACAUGGUCGAGGACGAAGUGGAGCAUUCGGGCGGCGACGGGGCGUUGCCGGACGGCGACAGGUUCGAGGCCUGGAAGAGGAGGGCGGAGGCCAUUGUGGAGCUGAGGGAAGCGCAGCAGGACUCGAGGAACGAGGAGUCUCGGAUGUGGGAGGAUUGGCUCGUUGAUGAUGGCGCGGCCUCUUGGGAUGAUGGGAAUGGCGGAGCGGGGAGGUCGGGGGAAGAGUUGGUGUUGGAUUCUGGUGAAAGAGGUAUUGUUGAAUCGGUGAGCGACAUGCUUUUAGGAAGAGAAGAUGAAGAUAUGCUGUAUGAGGAUCGUGUCUUUCGGUAUGCCUCGCAGAAUUCGGCUAAGUUUCUGGCGAUACUAAUAAUUAUACCCUGGGCCUUGGACUUCAUGGUUCAUGACUAUGUUCUUAUGCCUUUUCUGGACAGGUAUGUAAAGACUGUCCCGCUUGCAGCCCAGGUGCUUGAUGUGAGAAGGCACCAGAAACUUGAAAUGGUUAAAGAACUGAAAGUUGAAAGGGCAAGAUAUAGGUUUGAGGAAGAGAUUGGUAAAUCUCCACCACUAUCUGACGAAGAGGCCUGGUUGGAAUUACGGCAUAAAGCCUUGGAGUUGCGAGAUGAGUGGAGACUAGAAAAUCGUAGAGCAUUUGCCAACAUUUGGUCAGACAUGGUAUUUGGGAUUUCACUUUUUCUGAUUUUGUACUUCAAUCAAAGUAAGGUAGCAUUGCUGAAAUUUACAGGUUACAAAAUUAUAAAUAACAUUUCGGAUACUGGGAAGGCAUUUCUUAUUAUUCUUGUCACGGAUAUCUUCUUAGGGUAUCAUUCCGAAUCCGGUUGGCAGACUUUGUUAGAAGUGAUUGUCGAGCAUUAUGGACUGGAAGUUGAUCAGGCUGCUCUUACUAUUUUUAUAUGCCUGAUUCCAGUCGUCAUUGAUGCUUGUGUGAAGCUUUGGUUAUUCAAGUUCCUCCCUAGAUUGUCACCCAAGGUAUCAAACAUAUUCCAGGAGAUGAAGCGGCAUUGAGUGCAGUUAUUUAUUGGGAUAUCUGAUGCUGGUCUGAGAAAAUUAAGCGGCCCUCAUCUCCAUUACUACAUUCUUUUUCCCUCCACAGUUUUGCUGAACCACUCUUGGUAGAGGCUUUUCUUUCUUCUGUAAGUAUAGACACCAAUCGAUAAGUGAGGUCUCCGGGCAACCGGUUGUCCCACCUCCCACGUACUGAUUCUUGUUGUAAUAUAGAGUGCUAAUAAUGCAUGAUAUUUUCAGUGUAAUAAAUUCUUUUCCUCAGGACAGGAGUCAGGUUAAAAUUUCUUACUCUUCUUUUUCCCCUUCCUGUAAUUGAAAUGACCAACGAAUUCCUCAGAAAGUACUUCAGAAAGAGUUCAGCGAAUUGGCCAAAGUUCUGAAUCCUUGGUCUACAACAGCAGAGGGAGAUGAAUACUUCAGCAACUCGAGGUCCCAUGGCGGUAAGUUUCUAUUUCUAUCUUUUAAAAAUCUAUCAACUCCACUAAAUAUUUUGCAGACAGUCAUAGCAAUUGGGUGAGAUUGUAAAGAGUGGAGUCACUGGAUACCAACUUUACAUUGGACUAGAAUUUAUUCCGACUAUUCAGCUUCAACUGUCAA